AUGUAAAGAGUGUUGUAUAAGAAAUCACCGUUCAUUUUUUAAAUGAAAAUCUAAUUCAUAUCAAAAGUGAUUUAACACGCUCAUUCAUGAAUAAGUAUACGACUCGAGUAACCAAACGCUCUAUUCAUUCAUUGUAUAUUCUAAUAGUAAAAAAAGAAGUUGAAAUUGAGCUGAUAAAAAAUUCAGUAUGGCUUACCGAAACCUGACGUAUAACUGCUGAAAAUAAUAACUACAGCAGUAUUCAGCAAAGGAACAAAUAAUAUGGUAGUUAUUUUGGUAGUGGUACCAUCUAGUUAAUAUCCUGGUUCAUAUGAAUCUCUGCCGAGACAAUAAUCUGGGAGGCUCUGCUGUGGUCUUAAUGUGGCAUUGUUUUUUAAGUGAAACUUCUAUAGAAUCGCUGUGAUUUCAAACUCGAUGAAACGAAAAAACAAGUCCAUAGAGACAAACACAUAAAUGUAUAGGAUUCAGCCGGCUAGAGAAUGAGAUAGAACAGACGUUCUUGGACUCCCAUGUGUUUAUUGCAUGUUUUGCGCCUGCGUAUUGGAAAGUUUUAUAAGUGUGUUGAUUGGGUCAAUAUUUUCAUCUCCUUGAUACAUAAAUUCUAAAAUUAUGCCAAAAACUAAAGCUGAAAAAAAUCGUGAAUACUGGCGGAGAAAAAAUGAAAAAAAAAUAAAAAAAAUCGCAAAAAGUUCUACGGAACGUGUCCGAGAAUUUCGUGCACGUCAAAAAAAGUUAUUAUCACAUGUACAAAAUGAAAAUAAUAGUUCUAACGUGAAUGAUAAUGUGCCCGGUGCACAAAAUAACAAAACAGAACAACUAAUGUGUAAUUUCGCAUCCACAAUGCCGAGGCCUGACGACCUUCAUUUACGCGUUAAAGAAGACCCCGAUAGAGAUGCGCAGACAGAAUUAAAGGAGACCGUAAACAAAUUUGAAAUUGUCAUUGUAAAAGAAGAAAGAAGUUGCAAUUCUAUGCUCGAUGAAGGCACAGAAGAAAUAAACGGAGAUGACGAGCAAGAGAUUGAUGCCAACAAUGAGUUUAUUGUACCGGAUAAGAAAUAUUCUAUGUCUGAUGUUCUUAGCAAAGCUCUGUAUAACGAAACAUUAGCGUUCAGCUCUGAAGAUGUUAAACAAGUGUACAAAACACAGUGUCCCCUGAAGUAUGAAAUUGAAACCUUCACAUGUACACUUUGUGAUAUGGAAUUUACCACGCAAUAUGAGUACAAUAGUCAUAUGAGCAUUCAUAUCAAGAACGGCGACAUCGUUGGUGAAUGUGAGACAUCACAAGCACGUACCGCUGCGAACUCAAACGAUGUCACCGCACACGUCACGGGGCACAAGCAUGCUGUUCAAAAUCAGGAUAAUGACCCGCGAUCAGAAGUCAAAGUCGCACCUCGAACCGGCAGAAUAGCGAGACAUGCAAAACAUACAAAAGUACCCUCAAAUGAAGAAGCCGAUAUAAUAAGGAAUAGUAGUGUGUUCAACAUUAACGCACACGAAAUAGACAACCAAUCAUCUGAGAGCAAUGAAACAAACAUGACCGAUAAACGCACUGUAGUGAAAAUAUAUGAAAGCCUCAAAGAACUCAAGAAAUUGCGAUAUUCAAAAGAAAGUAAGAAAAUCAGAGCGCAAAAUGGUGGGAAGGCCUAUACAUGUGAGGUGUGCAUGUAUAAAUGUGCAAGCUAUAGUCAACUUGUGUUGCAUAUGCGGACGCACACAGGCGAAAAACCAUAUUCUUGUGAGUUGUGCGAUUAUAAAUGUGCGCAGAAUAGUAAUCUGCACCGGCACAUGUUAACGCACACUGGUGAAACCCCGUAUUCUUGUGAGGUAUGCGAGUACAAAUGUGCACGGAAGAGUUAUUUAGUGGUUCAUAUGCGAACGCACACAGGCGAGAAACCUUUCCCUUGUACGGUAUGCGAGUAUAAAUGCUCGCGAAAUAGUGAUUUAGUGUCGCAUAUGCGAACGCACACCGGUGAAAAGCCCUUUUCUUGUAAGUUAUGCGAGUUUAAAUGUGCACACAGUAAAAGCCUACUUUUACAUAUGCGAACGCACACUGGCGAAAAGCCAUAUUCUUGUAAGAUAUGCGAGUAUAGAUGUGCACGAAACAGUGAUUUAGUGUCGCAUAUGCGAACGCACACUGGUGAAACUCCCUAUUCUUGUGACUUCUGCGUGUUUAAAUGUGCACAUAAUAAAAGUUUAGUGUUGCACAUGAGAACGCACACUGGUGAAAAGCCUUAUUCUUGUAACCUAUGUGAGUACAAAUGUGCACAAAGUAGUAACCUUUUGUUGCACAUGCGCAAUCACAGUGGAGAAAAACCUUAUUCGUGCAAACUAUGCGAGUAUAAAUGUGCUAAUAACAGUGCACUAGUGAAGCACAUAAAAACGCACAACAGGGAAAAGCCUUAUUCUUGUAAGUUAAGAGAGAAUAAAUGUGCCCAAACUGGUGAUUAGUGUGCACAUGUGAACGCACACUGGUAAUAAAUGCAUGGAUUGGAAUAGGUAAUGCUUAUACAAAAAUACAAACAAUAUCAGGGGGCGUUCUUA